AACGAAACCCAUUAUAUUUCAUAUAGAAUUUCUUAUUGUGAAACACUAAUAAUGCAUUAGCAAAAAAGAGAUACACUAGUAAUGCAUGCACGUGCAUUUGAUUGAAACCAAUUGACUUCUUUCUUUUGUUUCUGAAAUAUUUUUAGUUGGGUACCUUUGUUUAAAGCCAAAUUCUGCUAAGAAAAGUACAAACAUGGAAGACAAUAUUAUGAAUUUAGUUGUGUUUGGAGUCAUUUCAUGGUCAACAAUAUUUCUGUUGACAAGGAGGGUCUUCCCUAAGCUUUCAUUUGAUUUCUGCAACCGAGUUGUUUCAACGAUUCAUGCAAUUUUAGCUGUAAUAUUAGCCUCUCUCACUGUUCAAGAUUGGAGGUGCCCAGUUUGUCCCUUGGCUUCAAAAUCUUCUCCAGAGCAGAUGCAAACUCUAGCAGUCACCCUUUCCUAUAUGAUCUAUGAUCUGUUAUGUUGCCUCUUUGACAAGCGAGUCAAAUUGGACAAUUCGAUCCAUCAUCUAGUCAGCAUUGUUGGAAUUGGAGCAGGCCUAAUCUAUAAGAAGUGUGGAUCAGAGAUGGUCGUGGCAUUAUGGAUAACUGAAAUCUCCAGCCCUUUCCUCCACUUGAGAGAGCUUCUAAAAGAGCUUGGUUAUAAAGAUACUGACCUUAAUUUUGCUGCUGAUAUUUUGUUUGCAAUGAUAUUUACAUUCGCUAGGAUGGGGUGUGGGCCUUAUCUCAUGUACGUGACUUUGGCGGCUAACAAUCCAUUUCUCAUAAAGGCAAUGGCAUUGGGCUUGCAAUUGGUUAGUGCCUUCUGGUUUUACAAAAUCGCAGCGAUGGUGAAAUACAAAUUGACAAAGAGGACUAGUAAAAAAGUCGCGUAAAACCUAUUUGAACCCAAAAACUGAAAUGGGCUAUUGCAGAAUAUUGUGAUCAUCAAGAAGUCAAAGUUCCUGCCUACGGUCGAACUCGUCAACCAACUAUAUUGCACAAAUCAUUUAUGAAGAUAAUCAACAACUAAGAAUUCAUUUAUCACACAAAGAAAUAAGGAUAAAAUCUUGAAAUCCAAUAUACGCCUCUUAAGUUUGAGUUAAUAUUUGUCUUUUUUGUCUGUAACUUUAACUUUGGUGAUUUCAUCAAAAAGUUUACAUUAUUGUUAAUGUCGUCUUUUCAUAUUUUGUGUCAACUACCCUUUAGAUGAUGUAGUUUUU